AUGUCUUCAGCUUCAGGAAACGAUCUUGAGAAGACAGUUUAUGACGAGAGUGAUUAUACUUAUGAUGACUAUGACUCGACUACUGGCAAAUUCCCCGGAAAAUCAUCAUACCGUAAAUUCGGAUGCUGUUGCACUGCUCUAGAUUUCAAAGAUUCAGAAAAAUACUAUUGUGGAAGUUGGUAUUGUGGUCCCUCACCUUAUAUCAUUGUAAUAUUAUCGCUCUGGAACAUGGUUAUUCAUUUUGUAUAUACGUUACUUUACACAUCAUAUUUUGGCUACAUUUUCACACCAAUAUUGUUAAUAGUAUACAUUAUGUUUUUAGUAUCUUACUUCCAAAUGAUAUCUGUAGGUCCUGGAUAUCUGCCAUUUUACUGGCAUCAUGCAUCAGAGCAUUUAUUAGAAGGAUUAAGCACCGAAGACAAUUUUGAAGGUAUAACAACUUUUCCUGCACAACUUGUAUGGCUCAAAUCAAAUCCACGACCAAAUAGAGCUUAUUACUUCCCUAACGUCGGCAGGUAUGUAAUUCGCCCCGAUUUCUAUUGUAAAUGGGCUGGUGUUUACAUAGGUAAAAGAAACGAAAAAUUGCUUUUGCUGACAACAUUGUAUGCAACGAUUUUUUGCUUUUUCUUAGUGAUUUCACAUUUUGUUACUUUGAUAAUUCGGAGGAACGAACUGACUACUUCCAAUUUUACCAUUAUUGUUAUAUCUAUUCCGGUUGAACUUUUCAUUACGUUAAUACCACUUGCUCAAUUUUCAAGGUCAAUUGGUCUUACAUCGAACAAUCUAACUAAAUUUGAAAUAGAGCAUGGUAUUGAUAAGGAAUAUUUUGGAAAUGAAAGCAAAAAAGAAAAUCUUCUUGACGUUUUUGGAAGAGAUCAGAAUUGUUGCAUGUAUGCGCUUCCAAUAUCUCCAUUUACUGGAAUGACUAAUCAGGAACUAAUCCAAAAUGAAAAGCCAUAUCCAUUUCUGCGUCUCAUAGGUGUUAAAUAG